GUGGACCUGGCGGAGCAGCUGACCCACUUCUACGGGCCCGAACCGGCGCUGGAAGUGGCCCGCAAGACCCUCAAGAGGGCCGACGUGCGCGACGUGGCUGCGCGACUCAAAGAGCAGCGGCUGCAGCGGCUUGGUCCCAGCUCCUCAGCGCUGCUCUCGGUGUCAGAGUACAGGAGGAAAUACCGCGAGCACGUGCUGCGGCAGCACGCGAAGGUGAAGGAGAGGAACGCCCGCUCCGUGAAGAUCAACAAGCGCUUCACCAAACUGCUCAUCGCGGCGGGGAGCGCCGCCCUGGAGGAGGAGGCGCUGGAGCCUGCGGGAGAGCGGAAGCCGGGGCGGGGGCCGGCUCGGCCCUCCACCCGCCGUUCCCGCCACGACGAGGAGGGCCGGCGGCCGCUGACUGUGGUGCUGCAGGGCCCGGCGGGCAUCGGCAAGACCAUGGCGGCCAAGAAAAUCCUGUACGACUGGGCGGCGGGCAAGCUGUACCAGGGCCAGGUGGACUUCGCCUUCUUCAUGCCGUGCCAGGAGCUGCUGGAGCGGCCGGGCGCGCGCAGCCUGGCCGACCUGAUCCUGGACCAGUGUCCCGACCCCGGCGCGCCGGUGCGGCAGGUCCUGGCGCAGCCGCAGCAUCUGCUCUUCAUCCUGGACGGCGCAGACGAGCUGCAGGCGCCGGGUGCCCCUGACUCCGCGCCCUGCAAAGACCCCUUCGAGGCCACGAGCGGCGCGCGGGUGCUGAGCGGACUGCUGAGCAAGACGCUGCUGCCCACGGCCCUCCUGCUGGUGACCACCAGAGCCACCGCCCCCGACAGGCUGCAGGGCUCCCUGUGCUCACCGCAGUGCGCCGUGGUGUGCGGCUUCUCCAACAAGGACAAGAAGAAGUAUUUCUACAAGUUCUUCCAGGAUGAGUGGAGGGCCGAGCGCGCCUACCGCUUCGUGAAGGAGAACGAGACGCUGUUCGAGCUGUGCUUCGUGCCUUUCGUGUGCUGGAUCGUGUGCACCGUGCUGCGCCAGCAGCUCCAGUUGGGCCAGGACCUGUCGCGCACCUCCAAGACCACCACGUCCGUGUACCUGCUUUUCGUCGCCAGCAUGCUGAGCUCGGCUCCUGCAGCGCACGGGCCCCGCCUGCAGUGCGAGCUGCGCAAGCUGUGCCGCCUGGCCCGCGAGGGCGUCCUCGGGCGCAGGGCGCAGUUUGCCAGGAAGGACCUGGAGCGGCUGGAGCUUCGUGGCUCCCAAGUCCAGACACUGUUUCUCAGCGAGAAGGAGCUCCCAGGUGUGCUGGAGAUCGAGGUCACCUACCAGUUCAUGGACCAGAGUUCUCAGGAGUUCUUGGCCGCACUGUCUUACCUGCUGGAGAACGAGGGGGCUCCCAGGGCACCCGCAGAAGAUGUUCGAACGCUCCUGUGUCCCGACACAGAGCUGUGCAGCCACCUGGCACUCACCGUGCGCUUCCUCUUUGGACUGCUGAGCGCAGAGCGGAUGCGCGAUGUCGAGCGCCACUUCAACUGUGUCGUCUCAGAGCAAGUGAAACAGGAAGCCCUGCGCUGGAUACAAGAGCAGAUGCGCUUCAAGGUGGGACCAGAGGGGGCAGAGGGGACUCCAGAGCUGGAGGACACAGAGGAGCCAGAGGAGGAAGAGGAGGAGCUCAGCCACACUCUGGAGCUGCUGUACUGCCUGUAUGAGAUGCAGGAGGUCGCGUUUGUGCAGCAGGCCCUGAGCAGCCACCCCGAGCUGGUGCUGGAGCGGGUGUGUUUCAGCGGCAUGGACCUCUCUGUUCUGAGCUACUGCGUGCGCUGCUGCCCAGCUGGACAGGCACUGCAGCUGGUCAACUGUGGACUGGCCAUUGCACAGGAGAAAAAAAAGAAGAGCCUGGUGAAGCGGCUGCAGGGCAGCUUGGGUGGCAGCAGUUCUCGAGCCACCAUGAAACAGCCCCCGGCCUCCCCACUGCGGCCGCUCUGUGAGGCCAUGAUGGACCGGCAGUGCGGUCUACGCAGCCUGACGCUGUCCCGGUGCAAACUGUCUGACACCAUGUGCCGAGACCUCUCCGAGGCCCUGAGGGCCGCCCCUGCCCUGACAGAGCUGUGCCUCCUGCAGGUCAGGCUCAGCGAGGCAGGCCUGCGAUUGCUGAUCGAGGGCCUGGCCUGGCCCCAGUGCCGGGUGCACACACUCAGGAUGCAAGUGCCCGGCCUCCAGAGAGCGCUGCAGUACGUGAUCGGCCUGCUCCAGCAGAGGCCCACCCUGACCACCCUGGAUCUCGGUGGCUGCCAGCUCUGUGGCUCCAUGCUCACCUCCUUGUGUGCAGUCCUGCAGCACCCGGGAUGUGGCCUGCAGACCCUCAGCCGGGCCUCCAUGGAGCUCAGCGAGCAGGAGCUGCAGGAGCUGCGGGCUGUGAUGGCGGCAAAGCCAGACCUAGUCAUCACACACCCAGCACUGGACAGCCACCCCACGACGCCCAAGGAAUUCAGCAGUGUCCUCUGAGGCCCUGGAGGCCAGAGCAAAAUGGAGACCCCUAGCUAGAACUCCACAGAGCAGAGCUCCCCGAUCUGAGUGGGAUGACACUGCUCUUAGCCUCAGGGCAGCUUCUGAGCUGAGAGGCCCUGCACAGACUAGCGGGAGACCCAGGCAGACGUGGCCCUUGCCUGGUCCUGGAUAGACCUGAGACACGCCCAGCCCCACGCCCUGGGAGGAGUCUUCCUUCCCAGCCCCCCACUGCCCCACCCCCUCACCCCUCGGGACCCACCAGCUACCCCACCACCACCGCAGAUGCCCCUGACAACAAUACCGAUUACUAAUUUUGUGUGUCAGCCCCAUCUGCAGUGCAGCCUGCAGCCCCCCACCACUCUGCCCUGCAGCAGGUCACUGUCCCUCGCAAGAAUUGGCUCUUGGCCUUAGAAGUGAGGCCACCCCUAGACUGUGUAGCCUGAGUCCAGAAGUAUCCACUUGCUGUCUGAGAUCUCUGGAAAGGGAAAAUGCGGGAGGGGAACACAGAGCUCCGGAUGGGAGCUGUGGCGGGUAGGCAGCCCUGGGCA